CAUGCCCUGCGGCUUCCGGUUGCGAUUGCUCAGCUCCGCUUCUUCCUGCGCACGUUCCGUCAUGGCGCAGGGGCAGCGCAAGUUCCAGGCGCAGAAGCCGGCCAAGAGCAAGGCGGCGGCGGCGGCCUCGGAGCGCAGCCGGGGCCCGAGGAAGGGAGGUCGUGUGAUCGCCCCCAAGAAGGCGCGCGUGGUGCAGCAGCGAAAGCUCAAGAAGGACCUGGAGGUCGGGAUCCGGAAGAAGAUUGAGCAUGACGUGGUGAUGAAAGCCAGCACCAGCCUGCCCAAGAAGCUGGCGCUGCUGAAGGCCCCCGCCAAGAAGAAGUAGCAGCCUCUUCUCCACCAAGUCACGUUCCUAAGGAUGCAUCGCAGCCCCUGCCUCCACGCUCAGACCUCUGCAGGGGCCUCCACAGGCAGCGCCGCGGACAGGGCGCCCUUCUCCCCAGAGCCUUGGGUUGCAGCUCAAACUUUGGACUGGGGCGGGGGAGCAGGGGUCUGGCUUUUGAGCAGGUGACCAGCACAUCUGUAGUGCACGGGUCAGUUUCCCCGGGGGCCGAGAAUUCAGCAGCGGUCUUGAGGAAAUGUUCAACGUUCUGUACCAUCCCCCCUCAGUUCCCCCUCAGUUCCUUUGUCCACUGGUUUCAUCGGAGCAAUAAACAUCCUUUGUCCUUCCCCUUGCAGCCACACGCUCUGUGAGUGGGCCAGGGCCAGAGGCCAGGCGCACUGACCUGGUCAGCUCAGCAAUGUCUUCAGGAGACCAACCACCCACUCAGAGAGGGUGAUUGAGCUCCUGCACAUCCAUCCUGGGAGUUCAUGGAGAAUCUUCCCUCCAACCCCAGUGACUCACCAACCUCCUUACCUGCCUAGCCAGUGGUGGGCAAACUGCGGCUUGUGAGCAGAGGCUUGCCGCUCUGUUGACUAAUGAGUUUGCCGACCACACUGCCUUAGGGAAAAAACACUUU